GCAAGCAAGUGUUCCACCUAAGCACACAGCUCGGAUGCUGACAGACUAAAGUUUCGUCGGCUUGUGUGAAUGAGGACAACUUCCAAUUAAAGGAACGAUGCAGUAUCAAAGACAUUUUGGAAUUCUACACCUUGGAUUUUUUUUAUGGACGUCAUUUUGUAUUAAAGACUCGUUACAAGGGGAAUAUCAGCGAAAGUUGUAUAAAGAAUUGCUGGACAACUAUAACAGACUGGAAAGGCCUGUGCUCAAUGAUUCUUCACCCAUAGUGGUGGAGCUGGGACUCACACUGCUUCAGAUCAUAGACGUGGAUGAAAAAAAUCAGGUAUUAAUAACCAACGCCUGGCUACAGCUGGGAUGGACGGAUGUCUAUUUGAGCUGGAACCCUGAUAACUAUCCUGGUGUUCAGAACCUGCGUUUCCCAUCCAAUCAGAUAUGGACACCAGAUAUUUUGCUCUAUAACAGUGCUGAUGAGAGGUUUGAUGCUACCUUCCAUACGAAUGUCCUGGUUAAUGCAUCAGGUGCCUGUCAGUACAUACCACCAGGUAUUCUGAAGAGUACAUGUUACAUAGAUGUCCGCUGGUUCCCAUUCGAUAUACAGAAAUGUGACCUCAAGUUUGGCUCCUGGACUCAUAACGGAUGGUUACUGGACCUACAGAUGCAGUCAGUGGACAUCUCUGCAUACAUCCCCAAUGGAGAGUGGGAUUUAGUGGGGGUCCCUGGGAAGCGUAAUGAGCUGUAUUAUGAGUGCUGUAAGGAGCCUUACCCUGACGUGACAUUUACAGUAACAAUGCGCAGGCGAACAUUGUAUUAUGGUCUGAAUCUGCUCAUUCCUUGUGUGCUCAUUUCUGGCCUGGCUCUGCUCGUUUUCCUGCUGCCAGCUGAUUCUGGAGAAAAGAUAUCACUGGGUAUAACUGUCCUCUUGUCAUUAACGGUCUUUAUGCUCCUGGUGGCUGAGAUCAUGCCGGCCACCUCUGACUCUGUUCCUCUCAUAGCUCAGUACUUCGCCAGCACCAUGAUGAUUGUGGGCUUGUCAGUUGUUGUCACUGUCCUCGUUCUGCAGUUUCAUCAUCAUGAUCCACAAGGGGGAAAGAUGCCAAGAUGGGUGCGCGUGAUCCUGCUCAACUGGUGCGCCUGGUUCUUGCGCAUGAAGAAGCCGGGCAAGGAACGGAACAACAAAUAUGACCCCUCUCCAGCGCACCAUGCCAGCGCCAGCAGCAUUCAGAUGGGGGUAAUGCCUGGUCAGCCGUCCUCUACCAACUCAACCACCAACGGUCACAUGAACCUGUACUUCGGCUACCACGCCAUUGACAGCGCUUGCUGCCCACCCAGCAGCGACUCCGGCAUGUCUUGCAGCGUUGGUCGAGUCGGCGGGUCACCAAACGAAGAACAGCGGGAGGCAGCGAGGGUGUUUUCAGGCGAACAGGAGAUCCAUCACAUCCUGGCGGAAGUGAUGUACAUCGCUCAGCGAUUCCGGGACCAGGAUGAGGCAGAGGCAAUCUGCAGCGAGUGGAAAUUUGCGGCAGCAGUCGUGGAUCGGCUCUGUCUGGUGGCGUUUUCACUUUUCUCCAUCAUCUGCACCUUUACCAUUCUCAUGGCCGCGCCAAACUUCAUUGAGGCAGUCUCGAAAGACUUCACAUAAUUACAAUAGAGUUGCAUUUUCUUUUCUUUUCUUUUUUUGUUUUUAAAGAUGUAAAAAAUAAAAUUAAAAAACACGUGAUUGAGUCCUUCCUCUUCUCAUCGUUCUGAGGUCAACGUUGAACUAUUGUUACAAUAUUUAAGAUUAAAAAAAACUUGUCAAAGUUGUGUAUUUUUGAACUUUCCGAACAAACAUACAGACCCUUGGACAAGCUGUUUGGGUGAUAUUGUACGUCUUUAUAUACUGUAUUUGGACUGAGCACUUGAGGGUUGGUUUAUGUAAAGAUGUGUUCUCAGUGUGACAAACUUCACAGACAUAGUGUCAAAGUGUUAUGUGAAAUAUAAACAACCAAUCCCAUAAUCGCUUUGGGAAAUAUGUUUCUUUUCAUUUCUUGCCUUUAGUAAUAUUUUUGAAAUCAUUUAAUAUUGUUAGAAUGAAAAGUUAUCACUGAACUGUAACAAAAUUUGUCAAUUUUAGCAAACGUUUUCUUCAUCAAAGCAACAAUAACCUAUGUUAACAGUAGAAUUAAAUAAGCUAUGUAACUGUCAUCAUUUUGACAUUUUUGUAUAAAUAAAUAUUACGCUUAUUAGUGUG